AGCUUCAGUAUUACACACGCGUGCCAUGUUGGCAUGUGCCAUCACACGAGCCCUUUUUAUUUCUUACAAAGAAUGGGAGCUCUCUCUCUCUGAGAAUUGGAGAGGAAAAAGGAAAGGGAUGGCGAUACCGAAACAGAGGAAGAAACAGCCCCAGCGCUCGCUUCACAGUCGGCUGUGGAAGCGAUUUCUGAGAUUUUCUUCCAAGAGAUUUCUCCGAUUGCUUUUGAUUAUUGGAUUCAUAGCUUUCAUCCCUCCUAUUUUCUUCCAUUUCCGAUUGAGACGAUUUCACCAGAUGCAAUUGCAGAAGUGUGGUUGGCUUGAUGAUCCUCCUCUUGUAUGUGCUCAUGGUGGCGAUUCAAGCAAAUCGGUUCCCAACACGAUGGAUGCAUAUCGUGCUGCCCUUCUUUCUCAAGUAGAUUGCAUUGAGGUUGAUGUCUCUCGCUCUUUGGAUGGAGUUCUGUUUGCUCUCCAUGACAGGGAUCUGCAGCGGAUGUCUGGUAACUCCACUGCAAAAGUUGGGUAUUUCAACAUGAAUGAGAUAAAAGGACUGGAUGCAGGCUUUCAGUUCCCACAAGAGUUUCACAACCAAAAAGUCCCUACUGUUGAAGAUGCUUUAACGUUAAUAUCAAAAUCUGUUAGGCAGGUGAUUCUGGAUGCAAAAGUUGGACCUCCAUCAUAUGAGAAAGGGCUAGCGGCUGAUAUACUUUCUGUUGUCAAGGAAACAAAAUGUACAAAUUGUCUUAUAUGGGCGAAAAGUGACAUUUUAGGAAGGGAUGUAAUUAGACUCUCGCAAAAUGUUACGGUAGGAUACAUCGUCAUGAGGGACCCUUCAACUGGUGCUAGAACUAACUUGCUGAGGAUGAAACGUGCUGGGGUUAUUGGUGUCUAUUACCCUUUAAUUGAUGAGAAACUUGUGAGAAUCUCGCAUGGGAGGGGUAAGAAAGUAUAUGCUUGGACUGUUGAUGAUGAGGAUUCCAUGAAGAAAAUGUUGGCCGAACGUGUAGAUGGCAUUGUUACAAACCAACCCUCCCUUCUUCAACGCUUGAUGCAAACAAUCAAAACAGAAUGCCUCGAGGCGGGUUUCAGUCUACCGUGACAAGAUAUCUCUACACUUGAGUAAUCCGCUGAUCAAUAUGAAAGUUUAGGGAAGGUGGUUUUGAAUAUGUGGUCUCAACCACGAGGCACGGAAUUGAUUUCCGACUGGUUUUGUGUUUGUUUUGUAGCAACUGUAGACAAUUAACUUUCUUCCCCAAUUGGGCAUGGCAAUUUGCAAGGUAUCGAAUCUUUAGGGCAGUUGUUAAUUCAAUUGACUUAUUUCUCGCUCUUAGCUAACCUUUCUGUAAUUAUGCCGAUAUUAGAGGAAUCUUGAUUGUGGAGAGUUGAUGGCCCAUUUUUGCGAUUGAACAAAGCAAUCAGAUUGCAAAAACUCCCAGACAAAUGGUAUCUUUGCUUCAUUGUCAUGUUUAAGUAUUGGUAUUUGUUGUCCUCAAUA